AAAAUUAUUAUAUUGUUGUGCCUAUUUUCAGGUAAUUCACUUGAAGAAAUGAGAUUUAAGAAUACAGUUAAGAAUAAUUAAUCUAAGUAGUGGUAAAAUUUAAUAUUAUUUUUUAUUACUGGUUAUCAACUAACCAUUAUAGUAUUUGAGAUAUUAUAUUUAAUAUAACAAAAUGCAAUCGUCUGAAAAACGAGAAACAAAUCUGGCUGCACUUGAGCCUGCAUUUAGGGUUAAACAAUUAGCGAACUAUGGAGCGAUGGUCGAAGUAGAUCCGAACGUACCACCUAGAAGAUAUUAUCGCUCAGGCCUUGAAAUGGUCAGAAUGGCCAAUGUAUAUCUUGCUGAGGGUAGUCUUGAAAAUGCUUAUAUAUUAUACAUGAAAUUUAUGACAUUAUUUUUGGAAAAAAUUCGAAAGCAUCCAGAUUAUAGCUUAGUGCCUGCUGAUGUCAAGUCUGUCAACCAAACUAAACUAAAGGAAGUUAUGCCAAAAGCUGAGAAACUUAAGCAAAAACUUUUAGAACAAUAUGCAAACGAACAUGUUCUAUAUAAAAAAAAUAAGGCUAAGAAAAAAGUUGAAGAAGAGGCAAGGAAGUUACAAGAACUGGAAGAUGAAAAAUUAGCUUUAAGACUUCAAGCAGAUGAGAAUAAACAAGAUGGGAAGAAACCACAUUUGACACCAACAACUAACUGGGCAAUAAACCCAAGUGCACCACCAGUGGAUGGUGUUUUAUAUCCUGAUGACUUCGCCAGUGAACCACCUAGAGCUCCAGCACAUCACUAUAGCCCAGUUCCACCACUGAUACCCCCAUCUAAGCCUCUACAGGAUCAAUAUGAAUCAUUGUUGCCAAUGUCUGGUGGUUUACGAACUGUUGUUGUACCGGCAACUUUACUCAGCAAAUUCCUAGUUAUAGCCGCUGCUAACACGGCAAAAAAUAUUGAACUAUGCGGCAUAUUGGCUGGAAAGUUGGAACAAAAUCAGUUGAAGAUAACACAUGUAAUAGUGCCAAAGCAGACGGGAACAUCGGAUUCCUGCAGCACCAACAAUGAAGAGGAAAUAUUUCACUAUCAGGACCAACAUAAUCUCAUUACUUUGGGAUGGAUACAUACACACCCAACUCAAACGGCGUUUCUCUCGUCAGUAGACCUUCACACUCAGUGUUCAUAUCAGCUGAUGAUGUCUGAAGCCAUCGCGAUAGUCUGCGCACCUAAAUAUAAUGAGACUGGGUAUUUCGCGUUAACGCCAGAACACGGAAUGAAGUAUAUCGCUAAUUGCAGACAGACGGGCUUUCAUCCACAUUCUAAUGAUCCACCACUUUUUUAUAAUGUAUCACAUAUAAACCUAGAUAACGCGUCGUCUGUGGAAAUGGUCGAUUUACGGAGAUGAAUUAGAGAAAAAUGCACUUUAAUCACUAUGCACGAAAAACACUGAUUAUGAGAUCUCAAUAUGGAUUUAAUAUAAUUAUUGCUUAAUUUGAGGGUUCAACAGCCGUUUUGUGUUAACCGCAAGCGGUUCACUUCGGCUGCUUUUUGUUGCAUCGCUUAAUAUCUGGAAUAUUAAGCGGCUAUGUCUUAUGUAUGAACCCAAAAAAAUAUGGUUUUGUAUGAAAGUAAAGUUUUGAUAAAUUACGUCAGACAUAGAUGGCGCUGUUACAUGUUGACAUUUAAGCCGUGAACGUUUUAAAUGAAUUUAGUUUUAUUUAAAUUCAAAUUAAUAAAAAAUAUGUACAAAUAUUAAAAUCUUGUAAAACUGUUUUAAA